AUGUUACUCCGUCUCCUCUUCUUGUGCCAUCUCAUAGUCCCCGGCUUCUCAGAGUUCCUAAGCUGUGCUUCAUCCACAACCAUGUCACUUGAUAUCCAGGACAAUGAAUCCAAGAUGGGCAGACCGAUUUUAUCUCGGGUAUCGAUGUCCAAUCCUGGCGACGUUGAAUUUUUAAAAACUUCUGCUUGCAUAUUUAAGGUACCAUCCAAUAGCACAUUCACCGUCUCCCCGGGUCCCAAACUUGUAAGACUUCAUUUUUAUCCAAUCUCUUAUCCAAGCUUAAACAUUUCAAAAGCAUUGUUUAAUGUUAGUAUCGGCAGCUACACUAUUUUAUCUAUUUCCAAGUCUUCCUACUCUGAAGGAGCUUUUGACGUUGAGCAUAUCAUCAAGGAAUACUGUGUUCCUGUAGAAGGCCAUGUUUUGAAUAUAUUGUUCACCCCAUCGUCAGAUUAUUCUGAUGCCUAUGGCUUCGUCAACAUGAUUGAGGUCGUUUCGGUGCCGCCGAAUCUUUACUUAGGAGAUUUGCUACUGCCACUCAUUGGACAUCCUAAUCAAUUUUACUCUAUGAACGACACGGCUCUUGAGACUUUUUAUCGGGUGAACGUGGGCGGUCCGUCCAUCUCUGCUGACCAUGAUACUGGCAGUGGCAUGUCUCGUGCUUGGUCUGGGGACCAAGGUCAUCUGUUUCCUAACACAGAUAUUGUCCAAUUCAAGAUAGCAGAAUUUAGCUUCGGUUCUGAGGUGCCAGCCCCAAAGGAAGUCUAUUCCACAGCUAGAAAGACAUUUAUUCCUGAUGAUAACCUAACCUGGUCACUCCCUGUAGAUUCUGGCUUCUGUUACCUCAUUAGGCUUCAUUUGUAUAUGACGUAUAGCUCGAAGUUUAUGGAUGAGAAUCAAAUGGUUGUUCACAUUUAUAGUCCUGAUCAUGCAGAAAUCAACUUAACUGAGGAGUUGGAAGUUCCCAUCUAUAGAGAUUAUCUAGUGAAUUUCUCAAGAAAAUACCACGAGAUAAUGUUUCUAAAAGUUUCCAUAAAACAAAACAAAAGUGCAAUUCAUAGUGUGCCAAUCUUGAAUGGGCUAGAAAUCUUCAAACUAUCUGAUGAUAGCAACUCUCUUGCGGGACCUAAUCCAUUCAAAGCAAGAAACGUAUCUGACACCUCAUCUAUUGGUAUUCCAAAGUUCGUGAAGAUUGUUGCGGAUAUAUUAGCGGGGGUUGCUGCACUACCUUUUGUAUGCUAUGGUUGCCUCCUCCUUUUACGUUUCAAAUCACGACAGUGCUCUUACUUAAAAUGGAAAAGAAGAGUUGCAUAUUUACCAUCGUCAAAGCACUGCCCGCACUUCUCUCUUGCUCAGAUAAGGUUAGCGACCAACAACUUCUCGGAUGCUUUAUUACUUGGCUCAGGGGGGUUUGGAAAGGUGUACAGGGGCUGUAUUAUUGAUGGCAUAGGCGACACCAUCGUUGCUAUAAAGCGUGCAAAUCCCAAUUCACACCAAGGACUAAACGAGUUCCAAACUGAAAUCACCACACUUUCUAAGCUGCGGCACUGCCACCUAGUAUCCUUGAUCGGCUGUUGCAUGGAAGAUGAUGAAAUGAUUCUUGUAUACAAUUUUAUGGCUGGAGGUACUCUACGCGACCACCUUUACAACACCAAGAAAACACCACUCCCAUGGAAGCAGAGGCUAAAGAUUUGUAUUGGUGCAGCUCGGGGACUGCACUAUCUUCACACAGGAGGAAAGCAGACUAUCAUUCACCGUGACGUGAAAACCACUAACAUCCUUUUGGAUGAAAAUUGGCUGGCCAAGGUUUCAGAUUUUGGGUUGUCAAAAAUUGGACCAAAUAUGAUUGAAGAAUCUGAAACUCAUGUCAGUACAUUGGUCAAGGGCAGUUUUGGAUAUUUAGAUCCAGAAUAUUAUCGCCGUCAAAGAUUGACUGAAAAAUCUGAUGUGUACUCAUUUGGAGUGGUACUAUUCGAGGUACUAUUUGCUAGACCUGCUGUGUUACCACUGGUUGAAAGUGAAGAAGAGCAUGACAAGGUAAAUUUGGCUGAGUGGGCUAUACAUUGUCAUCAAAUGGGGACCUUGGAUCAGAACAUUGACCCUUCCCUACUAGGACAGAUUAACCCUGAAUGCUUUCAGACGUUCACAGCUAUUGCAAGGAAGUGUCUGGCAGACAAGGGAAGUGACCGGCCAAGUAUGGGAGAGGUAUUGUGCAACUUGGAGCAGGCAUGGCAACAGGAGCAGAAGUGCUCCUUGUUGGAAGCCAACUGCCUUCAAGGCAGGGCCAACGUGGGAAUUGGUGGUAAUAUGCCUCCAACAAUUGAUGGUCAACGAUGCUUACCAACUGGUAAUUCUGAUCCAACCCCAGGUGCUGAGUUUUCAGAGAUCAUUGUUCCAAUUGGACGUUAAGAGUUUUCAACACUGUUUUGCAGCCUGGAAUGUGCAGAGCUUGGUCCUUGAGCCUUUGCUUAGCCCAUUGGAACUUAAUGGCACAAUCUCCUGCUGUUCUUUAAAUACCACAUAGACUUAGGAUCUUCUGCCAAACUUGAACAGGCUGCUUCGUAAAUAAUAUUUCAGCCCAAAAUUUCAAAGUGGAUUACACAGAGGAAAAAGGAAAAGCAAAAGGAGUACCUUACUACCUUUACUAGUGAUGGCUUAGGAUCUGGAAUGUUUACUACUAAAUACUUAUGGUGUGUUUUAUAGUACUAACAGCUAGCAACUAGUACUAUAU